GUCUCUCUCUCACGCGCCAUCCUGUAUCACUUGACACACCCACCCAGAACCGUUCGUUACUGAUUCCCACCGAACUGUAAAGCCCAAACAAUAAAGCCAUGUCUUCUGAAGGUUUAGGUGAAACCCUGGUGAUCCGGUUCGGCCUCAUAAAUGCCGGUAACAAAUAUCUCACAGCGGAGACGUUCGGCUUUAAAAUCAACGCCUCUGCAUCCUCCAUGAAGAAAAAGCAGGUGUGGACCCUCGAACAGUCUGGGGAUCACGGAGACUCCAAUGCAGUGUUCAUCAAAAGCCACCUGGGUCGAUUUCUCGCCACCGACAAGGACGGCAACGUGACCGCAGACAGCGAGCAUCCCGACCCGGAUUGUCGGUUCCUAGUCAUCGCUCACGACGACGGCCGGUGGUCCCUGCAGUCCGAGCCCCACGCGCGGUACCUAGGCGGGACCGAGGACCGAAUCUCGUGCUUUGCGCAGAGCAUCACGCCCGCGGAAAAGUGGAACGUGCACCUGGCGGUCCAUCCUCAGGUGAACAUCUACAGCGUCGCGCGCAAACGGUACGCGCAUCUGUCCGAGCGCAACGAGCUCUCCGUGGACCGGGACGUACCGUGGGGCGUGGAUUCGCUCCUCACGCUCGUGUACCUGGAUCACCGGUACCAUCUGCAGACCGCCGACAACCGCUUUCUGUCGUGCAGCGGUGCCCUGGUUGGCAAACCGGACACCGUGACCGGUUUUACGCUUGAGUUUCGGGCGGGUAAGGUCGCUUUCCGCGAUGCCACGGGAAAAUACAUCGCGCCCACUGGACCCACCGGGACCAUGAAGUCCGGCAAGAGCGCGCGUGUCGGCAAAGACGAGCUUUUUGUCCUCGAGCAAAGUCACGGGCAAGUGGUGCUGACAGCCAGCAAUGAGAGAAACAUUUCCAUGCGUCAGGGGGUUGAUUUAUCAGCCAAUCAGGAUGAGGAGUCAGACCUGGAGGUGUUUCAGAUGGAGAUGGAUAGCCAGACAAAGCAUUGUUCCUUCCGAUCUUGCAAUGGGAAGUAUUGGAGCCUCACCCCUAGUGGAGCUAUCCAGUGUACUGCCUCCACCAAGUCACCCAGCUGUUUCUUUGACCUUGAGUGGAAGGGGACAAAAGUUGCACUGAAGGCCAUUAAUGGGAAAUACCUGGCAGCCAAGAAAAACGGACAGCUGGCAGCUGCUGUGGACACUGCAGGCGAGCAGGAGGAGUUUGUGUUGAAGCUCAUUAACAGACCAUUGAUCGUAUUGCGAGGUGAACACGGCUUCAUAGGUUGUCGCAAACAAGGAACUGGGACCCUUGAUUCCAAUCGCUCAUCUUAUGACGUCUUCCAGUUGGAGUACAAUAACAAUGCUUACAGCCUAAGAGACUCAGUUGGAAAGUAUUGGACAGUGGAGGCAGACGGUUCUGUGGUUAGCAGCAGUGACGCGCCCAUCUUCUUCCACUUUGAGUUCUGCGAUUAUAAUAAAGUAGCCAUUAAGACAAAGGAUGGCAAGUAUCUUAAGGGAGAUCACGCUGGGGUGUUAAAAGCCAGUGGUCAGCGCAUCGCAGACGCCACAUUGUGGGAAUACUGAGUAUACAGCGUAACACCUUUUACAUCCACACAUACUAAAUAAACAACGUGUGUCUGUAAACUAUCUUUAAACGUAAGCAAAAAGCAUCGUCUGCGGCAUAAGCACAAGAUAAUAACAUGCAUUGUAUAGCACACAACACCCUUAAGCAUCUCUGAAUAAUCUAAUGGUUCAAAAACACAUAGUUGAGUUAAGAAAGAGAUGUUUUGCACAAAAUGCACAAAGACUUAAGAGAAGCACAAAUGAAUAUUAAGGAUAUAAACUGGAUUAUUGUUGGAUAAACUUGAUAGACACAUCGACGUCCAAAUGGAUGUCCCGGUUGUCUCAAUGAUUUGAUAACGUGUAGUAAUAUUAAUGGGGUAAAAUACAACUCACAGGCAUCUAAGAUGUUUUCUUUUUUCUGAUUUUAAUAGUUCUUACUAAGAAAUCGGUAGUGUUACAUAAUAUCCAAUCAUUUGUUUAUGCUAAAAAAGCACACUGACGUAUCUGUCACAAGCUGAGCCCUCGAGUUAUAGAGUUUGUUCCUAGUGAUGAUCCAAAAACAGUUUUAGAUUGAACUGUGCUUCUGUAAUGAGGCCAAGGUUUUAAAUAGCAGCUCUGUGUUAAAAAUUCAUUGUUCAUAUAAGAGAGGCUCUCAUUUUCAAAGACAUAAAAGUCUCUUUCACCCGCACACACAUCCAUACAAAGUGAGUCCAAAGCAAACUUGAUUUGUUUGUCAAAUUGUCAUGUAUCGUGUUUGCCAUGUUUGGUUGUGCUUGGCAAGGACCAAAUACAACCAUUACAGAAAUAACAGUGUUUUUAAUGCAACUCUAGCUUAAUAUUCAUGUGAUUUGCACUUUUUCGGCUAAAGCUUUUUCAUGUGAAUGUGUUUUGAAGGAAAAGAUGAAAUAUUGCUUGUGCCUUUUUUGAGUGGGAUAAUGCUUAUUUAAAAGUCAUUUGAUUGUCAUUAUGUGCCAUUUGCAACUGGACAUCAAGAGAAAAUGAAUGAAUAAAAUGUUGUCAAAUA